AUGGACAUUUCAGAUCAAUUAAAUUAUUUCCAAUCACAAAUUGAUAUUUUAAAUAUUUGUGAAUCUCUUAUGGAAAGCUAUACCUUUUUAGAAAAUCAAAUUGAUGAUAUUAUAAAUUCAAUAACUUUUGCAAGAUUAAAAAUAUUGCAUAGUUCUAUAAUUACUCCAAAUGACUUGGUUGACUCGCUAAAGCAUAUAUCUCAAUCAUUAAAGAGAAAUAAUCUUCCAUUACCAAUUUCUGCCACAUCGAUACCUCAGUAUCUAGAUAUUAUUGAAUUGAAAGCUUAUCAGUUAGAUUCUAAAGUAGUAUUUGUUCUAAAUAUACCUUUAGUUGAACCUGAAGAGUAUACUUUAUAUCGAAUUUAUCCAAUUCCUUUGUUAGAUCAUCGUACUGCUUUACAUCAUAUCUUAAGUACAACUUAUAAAUAUAUUGCGCGUAGCGAUGAUUCAUUGUUGUACAUAAUAAUUGAAGAUCCAGAAGCUUGCAAAUCAACAGGCAGAAAAACAAGAAUUUGUUCCAACAUAUUUCCAUAUCCAAUCGAUAGUGAUGCUAUAUGUGAAGCUCAACUAUUGAAGCAACAAGAUCACCUGCCAAGAACCUGUCAAUCUUCUUUGAUCAUGGCAAAAGAAUAUAACAUAAACAAAUUAAAUUUAAACUUUUGGUUAAUAAUUAUCUCAGAUCCUUUACCAUUAACAAUUAAAUGUGGAAAUAGAGACAUUAUUACAAAAAUCUUAAAUAAUAAUACUCUUUUAAAGUUACAAAGUGAAUGUAUUGCUUUUGUUGGCAGUACAAGAAUUCAAGGUCAAAAAGACAUUAAUGUUUAUGAUAAUGUAACAUACAAUACUUUUCCAAUUCAAAUACCAUAUAGUUGUUGCAGUAAUAUUCCUGAGAAGAUCAAGAUUCCAAAUCUGAAACCACUGAAAUUGAGCAAACUGAAUCUAGAAGAUUUGAGUGUUGCAAAUCACAAGUUAAAUGAAUAUUCCGAACAAUUGAACAAUUUGAUCAAUGAACCUUUUGUGAAGAAACACCAUGGUUGGUUUACAAUUUUAACCAUAAUUGUAAUUGUCACCUUGGUCCUGAUUUACAUCUUCUGCAAAUGCAAAUCCCGUAGAAGAUCACGAAUUGGAAUUGCAAUUUCUCAUGAUGACUACCCACCAUCACCUCCAAGAAAUCAAGUUGAAUCCACUUUCUCCAAAUGGAAGAAAAUACUGCCUCGUAGAAGACCCAGUAUCCAUUUAGAAGAACCUAUUGAAGAAGAAUCUUUUGAACUUAAUCCUAACAAGAAUUCAGUCUAA